UUUAUUUUCACAAGUCGGCGAAAUCACUACUGCAAUUCACCCCUUAUAUAUAGCUUAACUAUACUAUAUAAACCGUUUCUAUAAAAGACGAAUAUGUUUACAUUGCGUCGUCUCAGUCAGCGUUUGUAUCCGAAGCAGAUUCAACACUUUAAAAUGUCACAGAUCGGAGAGCUUGGAAGUGGUGCCGGAAAGGGAGGCGGUGGAGGCGGUACUAUUCGAGAAGCAGGUGGAUCUUUUGGUAAAAUGGAGGCUGCUCGCGAAGAAGAGUUCUUUUAUAAGCAGCAAAAGGAACAGCUAAAGAAUCUAAAAACCAAGACAGAACCCAAGGCUCCCGAAAUUCCCAAGAAGUAAUAUAAAAAUAUUUAACUAUCACUUCAUUAUAUUGUCUGAAUUGUAUUUAAUCAAAAUAUAAUAAUAAGUUGUUUAAAUUAAAAAGUUUUUAUUUGA